AUGUCCAACGACUCCGCUCCUCCGGCCGGGGGGGGGGCUGCGGCGGCGGCCGCCGCUGCGGCGGCCGGCCACAAUUUCCCCGCUCUGGUUUUCGGAGUGCUGCUGAUCGUGGUGAUCACGGGCGGGAACGUGCUGGUGUGCGUCAGCGUGUACCUGGAGAAGGCUCUGAAGACCACCACCAACUACUUCAUCGUCAGCCUGGCGUUCGCGGACCUGCUGCUGGCGCUGCUGGUGCUGCCGCUCUUCGUCUAUGCGGAGUUCCAGGGCGGUGUGUGGUCCUUGAACAUGCUGGUUUGUGAUGGGCUGAUGACCAUGGACGUCAUGCUGUGCACCGCCUCCAUCUUCAACCUCUGCGCCAUCAGCAUCGACAGGUUCAUUGCUGUGUCCAUACCUCUCAAUUACAACCGGAAACACGUGGACCACCGUCAGCUGAUCCUGCUCUCUGCCACCUGGCUGCUCGCGCUCGCCGUGGCUUCGCCCGUCAUGUUCGGCAUCAACAAUGUUCCCGACCGCGACCCCAGCGAGUGCAAGCUGGAGGACAACAACUAUGUGGUUUACUCCUCUGUCUGCUCCUUCUUCAUCCCCUGCCCCAUCAUGCUGCUCCUCUACUUCGGGAUAUUCCGGGGCCUUCGACACUGGGAGGAGGCGCGGAAGGCCAAGCUUAGGAACAGCAUCGAGGCCUGCAAGAAGCUCCAACACGCGGCAGCGGCCAAUCCCAUGCUCCCAAUCCCUGGAACCAUCCCCGGCCCACUCCCCAUGCCCCUGCCCCGCAUCAUCGAGAGAGACUUGGCCCAGUCACGACUUGGGGAGGGGGAGGACUUCCUCCAGCAGGAGUUGCCCUACCCACGGCAGUACAGGGAGAACUCUGUCCCCUCUGUGGCCUACAACCAGCAGAUCAACAGGAAGAAGAGAGCCAAAAUCAACGGCCGGGAGAGGAAAGCUAUGAAGGUGCUUCCUGUCGUGGUGGGCUGUUUUCUGUUCUGCUGGACGCCGUUCUUCGUGGUGCACACCACCAGGGCUCUGUGUGAGAGCUGCGACAUCCCGCCCAGCCUGAUGAGCACCGCCACCUGGCUCGGUUACGUCAACAGCGCCCUGAACCCCAUCAUCUACACCGUCUUCAACACCGAGUUCAGGAAGUUCUUCAAGAAGUUCUUCCGGAGCUGCUGCUGACACGGUGACGAUGUUCGCCGCAAACUGACGAGGACCAA